AAAACCUAGAUGAGGCGGUAAGCAGUUAUUAUUGACAGUUUUUACUUUUCAUUUGGUGCUCCCGAAGUAUUCUUACUAAGAUGGCGCACAACCUGAACAUAGUAUGUGUACCAGGCUAGGGUUGUUCAGGUUGUGCGUCAUCUUGGAACGAAUACUUUCGGAGCGCCUUUUGUUUAGCCUAUUCCAUUGAAAUAUAUAGAUUAUUUUACCAUGAAACUGUCCGAAUUGACGGUGACUGCGGAAGAUGCCACGGACGUGGGAAAGAAAUGCUUGCUAACAUUUGCAGCAAUCGGAGCGGCUUACUACCUCUGGUAUCGAAACAAAUGCAGUCAGCUUCGAUUGAAAGCCAUUGAUAAAAAAAGAGCCGAACAAGAAUAUAUCAAACAGAAGUUGAACACUCUACAAAGAGACCUGAACGAAGAACAAGUAGAAGAAAUCUUGAAACUGAACGGACCGGAAUUGUUGGAAAAAUUACAAAGCAGAGAAAUAGAACCGACAGAUGCUCUGAAUGCUUAUAUCUACAAGGCUUGCAAAGUGACGGGAGAUAUCAACUGCAUAACAGAAGUGCUUAAAGACUGCGAGGAAGUCGCUCGAGAAGUUUCAACAAAAAAUCCGAAGGAUCUGCCUUUGUACGGGAUUCCAGUCAGUUUGAAAGAAUGUAUGAAAACCAAGGGAACUCCAAGCUGUGUAGGUCUGGCAAUGUACCUCGAUCAAAUACCAACCGAGGAUCUGGUUCUGGCAAAAGUAUUGAAGCAAUGUGGGGCGGUACCGUUUGUGAAAACGAAUACUGUGCAAAUCAUGCUCAGCAUUGAAUCGAGCAACCCGAUUUACGGCGAAACUUCAAACCCAUUGAAUCACGAAUUCUCUCCGGCGGGUUCAUCAUCUGGUGAAGGUGCAAUUGUUGGAGCCGGUGCCUCUGUUCUAGGAUUUGGAUCGGACAUUGCCGGCAGUAUCCGAGUUCCGGCUCAUUUUUGUGGAAUUUGUGGAUUCAAACCUACAAAGUAUCGUAUAAGUUCGUCAGGAAUGAUUUGGUCGUUGAUGGGACAGAACGCUGUUGCAUCAACGCUCGGACCUAUGGCACGUGAUGUUGACACAAUUGUCAUGGCAAUGCGAGCCUUGUUGUGCGACACAAUGUUUCAAUUGGAUAAGAAUGUUCCUCCGAUCAAGUUCAAUGAGGAGCUCUACAAUUCUAAAACCCCGCUGAGAAUUGGUUACUACAUGGACGAUGGCUACAUGAAACCGGUACCAGCAUGUCAGCGAGCUGUUAGGAUGACAAAGGAAGCAUUGCAAAGUGCUGGCCAUACUUUGGUACCGUUUGAAAUACCAGAUAUUGAAGAACUGAUGGAAAUGACUACUAGAGCUUUUUAUGUCGACGGGGGACGCGGCAAUAUCGAACGAACAAAAUAUGAUAUUGUCGACAAACGUCUCCUUCCGUCAUGGCGAAGAUGGAGCAUGCCUUCGAUAGUUAUGAAAUUAUAUUCAAUGUACCUGGACUUAUUCGAGUCUUCUCGAAUGGCCAAAGACCUGUUAGCUUAUGGAGGAGGCGACAAAUCGGCGCAUAAUCUUUGGAAACUGACAGCUUGGAUAGAUGGGUAUAAAAUGAAAUUCUGGACUGAAUGGAGAGAAAAGUACAAACUUGAUGCUUUGAUCUGCCCUGUUCAUCCUCUUGUCGCUUGUCCUAAAGGAAUGGUAACAAACAUGACAGCGAAUAUGAGCUACUCAACUGCCUUUACCGUUACCAACUGUCCUGCUGGCGUGGUCCCUGUUACAACGGUCAACCAGAAAGACAUAGAGGAAUUGAAAACGCACAAAGGCCAUUAUGGUGACCAAUGGGAUCGUCAUUGCGUAAAGGCUUGUAUGGGAAGCAUCAACAUGCCAGUGGGAGUGCAAUGCGUUUCAGAACCUUGGCAAGAAGAAGUCUGUCUCAGAUUGAUGAAAGAAGUAGAGACACUGCUCCCGAUGUAGACAGCACAUCCAUCGAAAAAAAAAGGAAUUAUUUUUCAAUAAUAUUGUUUAUGUUAUU